AUCGAUCACGUCGGUCGAGACCGUUGACUCAGACAAGAUGUGGUGCUCGGUGCUGCCCCUGCUGGUCGGCCUCGCUCCUGCAGUUCUGUUCCUUCUGCAGCUUCCUGACCACACCGACGCACAGGGAGUGAACUGUGAGGACUACAAAUAUGGCCGCCAAGACUCGGAGCUGCACGACAAAAAGCAUCCCUGCUCCUGGAAGUGUCUCCUGUUCACUCUGCAGUGGCCCGCAGGAUUCUGUCAGUUCUUGAACAAUGAAAGUCUCUGCAGGAUUCCUGAGAACGUCAACAACUGGACCAUUCAUGGACUUUGGCCUCUGCGUGGGAGGAGCUGCUGUGACUGCUGGCCGAUGUUCCACUCAGACGUCCAGGAGCUGGAGGCGGAGCUUACUGAAUACUGGCCAUCCUUACUGAAGAUAAAGUCCAGCUUCCACUUCUGGAAAGAUGAGUGGGAGAAACACGGAGCGUGCGCCGCCUGUGUGGAAGGAUUGAACUCUCCUCUGAGAUAUUUCCAGAUUAGUCUCAAACUACGACGACAGUUUGACAUCCACAAAGUCCUGGAGGCGGCUGGUGUCACUCCGUCCUGUGAACGAGCCUACAAGGUUCCAGAUGUGCGUCAGGUCCUGGCUCCACAUCUGGGAGACAAACAUGAGAUCCAGUGUGUCAAAGAUCACAAGGACAGACAGGUGUGGUUCCAGGUGAAGAUCCCUCUGUCCCACAACCUCACCCUCGGCUGUGAUCACCACGGCAACAUCGACGGGGAACUGGAGUCCAGGUCCUACCCAGGACGGACCCCCCCUCCCGGACACCCAUGCCCUCCUGAGGACCCGUUUUAUUACCUCCCCAUCGACCACGAGCAGCCUCAGAGACCCUGCGACUGACAGAACCACGACCCAGGACGACACGGCCACGGCUGCAGACGACUUUUUAAACACUUUUAAGUGCAGAAUCUGAGCGUGUCCCGUCAGUUAAUGUAGUUUAUAUAAAUGUAAUGUUUGAGUCCUGCACCAUCCUGCGUCUGAUUGAUCAAAGUGUAACUGAAAAGCUGAAUAAUAAAACACACUUUUAGAAGUUAAUUAAA